GUGGAAAGUGAAGGAAAAAAGAGAAACGAAGAAAGGAAACGAGCAUCUCUCCGCGAACUCUGAAAUUGUGUAAUAAGCUUACUGAGCUUGCGGAGGAAGAAGAGGAGGAGAAAAAAAAAAGGGGUCUAAUAUGGCUGGUUACAGACCCGAAGAUGACUACGAUUACUUGUUCAAGCUGGUUCUGAUUGGUGAUUCUGGAGUUGGCAAAUCUAACUUACUUUCCAGGUUCACUAAAAACGAAUUCAAUCUCGAGUCCAAGUCCACUAUUGGGGUAGAGUUUGCCACCAAAAGCUUGACUAUUGAUGGCAAGGUGAUCAAAGCUCAGAUUUGGGACACCGCUGGCCAAGAAAGAUACCGUGCAAUCACUAGUGCUUACUACCGAGGAGCUGUCGGUGCCUUGCUUGUCUAUGAUGUGACUCGACAUUCUACCUUUGAGAAUGCGGCAAGGUGGCUUAAGGAGUUGAAGGAGCACACGGACCCCAAUAUUGUAGUCAUGCUGAUUGGGAAUAAAUCGGAUCUCAGGCACCUGGUGGCUGUCCAAACUGAGGAUGCUAAAGCAUUUUCCGAGAGGGAGUCCCUCUACUUCAUGGAGACAUCAGCUCUGACUGCAACAAAUGUGGAGAGUGCAUUCACUGAAGUCUUGAGCCAGAUUCACAGGAUUGUGAGCAAGCGGGCUGUUGAGGGAAGUUCUGAUGGAAGUACAUCUGCUUCUCUCAAAGGAGAGACCAUUGAUGUUAAGCAGGAAGGAUCUGUUCUCAAGAGAAUGUGCUGCUCCAGUUAAGAUGGAUUUUUGGUGGGUAAUUCCUUUUAGCCGAGAAAUUGGUCGUAGCUAAGAAGAUGCACAUAAGACUCUUGUUUAGAAGGGAUCGGGUGGGAACGAGGGAAACACUAGUUUGGAUUCGCGGAUUUGGCGGAGCAAAGGUGAAAAAAUGUUUUUUUCCUUCUUCAGAACAUGGGAAGGGAAGUACUCGGUUUAACCUUUUCUUUGGGACAAUUUGUAUUGUUGUGUUUUCUUGUAUUAAUUGCAGAUAACAAAUGUCAAAUCAUGGUCCAGUAUUCUUACUUGUUACAACUUAGCAAGGUUGUUGAAAUUGACAAAGCAUGUGGUUUGAGAUUCAAUGAUCUGAU